AUGUCUACCAUUCUGGUUGUUGGUAACGGAGGCAGAGAGAAUGCUCUGGUCUGGAAACUCAUUCAAUCCCCCAAGGUUGCCAAAGUUUAUGUUGCUCCUGGAAACGGUGGUACCCAUAAACUUGACAAAGUUACCAAUGUCAAUAUCGGCUCUUCCAAGGAGAAUUUCCCACAACUAGUCCAGUUCGCUCAGGAGAACAAUGUUGAUCUUGUGGUGCCAGGUCCAGAACAGCCUCUGGUAGAUGGAAUCGCCUCUUGGUUCACCAAGAUCGGUGUUCCAGUGUUUGGUCCAAGUGAAAAAGCUGCUUUGAUGGAGGGCUCCAAAACCUUCAGCAAAGAUUUCAUGACUAAACAUGGAAUCCCCACUGCCAAGUUUGCCAACUUCACCAACUAUGACGAUGCCAAGCGUUACAUUGAUGAAAACGACCACCGUUUGGUUAUCAAGGCCUCAGGUAUUGCGGCUGGUAAAGGUGUGUUAAUUCCUACCAACAAGGAGGAGGCCUACGCUGCCAUCAAAGAGAUUAUGGUUGACAGAAAUUUCGGUGAUGCUGGUGAUGAGGUUGUGAUUGAAGAGUUUUUGGAUGGUGACGAGUUGUCUAUUCUUUGUAUUUCAGACGGCUACUCAUUUAUUGACCUUCCCCCAGCUCAAGACCACAAGAGAAUCGGAAACGGCGACACUGGUCUCAACACAGGAGGCAUGGGAGCUUAUGCUCCAGCUCCUGUUGGAACACCGGCCCUGUUGAACAAGAUUAGAGAGACAAUCUUGAAACCAACCGUUGAUGGAAUGAGGAAAGACGGUUUCCCCAUGGUUGGAUGCCUCUUUGUCGGUAUCAUGGUGGCUCCCAAUGGAGAACCACAGGUGUUGGAAUACAAUGUCAGGUUUGGAGACCCUGAAACUCAAACAGUUUUGCCAUUGUUGGAGACUGACUUGUUCGAUUUGAUGCAAGCCACUGUCGAACACCGUUUGGAUUCUAUAAAUGUCAAGAUAUCCCCAAAAUUCUCUACCACUGUUGUUAUGUCCGCUGAAGGUUAUCCCAACUCUUAUCGCAAAGGAGAUGUUAUCACUGUGGAUGAACUACCUCAGGAUACCUUCAUUUUCCACGCUGGUACCUCUAUCAAGGAUGGUGAAGUAGUUACAAGUGGAGGCCGUGUCAUUGCUGCUACUUCCAUUGCAGACACUCUUGAAACUGCGGUAAAGCAAGCCUACGUUGGUGCCUCUAAGGUUCACUUCCAGGGAAAGUAUAAUAGAACCGAUAUUGCCCAUCGUGCAUUCAGAGAUGCUGGUAAACAAAAAAUCUCUCUCACAUAUGCUGACUCUGGUGUUUCAGUUGACAACGGAAAUGCUCUUGUCAAGAACAUCAAGAAACUGGUAAAAUCGACAGCUAGAACUGGAGCCGACUCCGAGAUUGGUGGUUUCGGAGGUCUCUUUGACCUUGCGAAGGCCGGCUACACUGAUGUCAACGACAUGUUACUGGUCGCUGCCACUGACGGUGUCGGAACCAAGCUCAGAAUUGCCCAGAUUAUGGACAUCCAUAACACUGUUGGAAUUGAUUUGGUAGCCAUGAACGUCAACGACUUGGUGGUCCAGGGUGCGGAGCCAUUGAUGUUCUUGGACUAUUUUGCUACUGGUAAACUGGAUAUUCAAAUCGCUGCCCAGUUUGUGGAGGGUGUUGCUAAGGGUUGUAUACAGGCUGGUUGUGCGUUGGUGGGAGGUGAAACGUCUGAAAUGCCUGGAAUGUACGAUCCUGGUCACUACGAUACCAAUGGAACUGCUGUAGGAGCCGUUUUGAAAGAUCAAAUGCUUCCAAACGAGGAGCAGAUGGCUGAAGGAGACGUCGUUUUGGGAUUAGGCUCGGAUGGUGUCCAUUCAAAUGGAUUCUCUCUGGUUAGAAAAAUCUUGGAAAAAACAGGAUUCAAGUACACCGAUAAAGCCCCAUGGAAUCCUUCGAAAACCAUUGGAGAAGAGCUGUUAGUUCCAACUAGAAUAUACGUUAAGCAGCUGUUACCAAGCAUUAAACAGAAACUCAUCCUGGGUUUGGCCAACAUUACUGGAGGAGGUGUUAUUGAGAACAUCCCUAGAGCUCUUCCAGACCACCUUCAAGCUGAGUUGGAUAUUACCAAGUGGGAGGUUCCUGAAAUUUUCAAAUGGUUUGGCCGCACUGGAGGUAUCCCAGUUCCUGAUAUUUUGAAGACUUUGAACAUGGGUAUUGGUAUGAUCGCCAUUGUCAGGGCUGAUCAAGUGGAGAAGACUGUGGCCAACUUGAAGGCUGCUGGUGAGAAAGUAUAUCCAAUCGGAACAUUGCGUCCUAGGAAAGAAGGAGAAUCUGGAUGUAAUGUCAUUAAUGCUGAAAAUCUGUAUUAG